GCCGCAUGAGAUGAGCUGCCUGCAGUCUUUGCAGCCACUGUUUUCACCUCCUCCUCUAUUGCUUCUGUCUAUCUGUCCAGUCCGGGAAUGUUGACCACCGUGGCCUGAUCUAACGCUGCCGAGUGUCCCCCUUCAUCUCCAGACCGCCUCUCUACGUUUAGUUUUUUGGGUGUUUUUUUUUUUUCUCUCUGAGCGUCUCGUCUCCUGUCUCAACUGAUCUGGCUGUAAGGUUCUGCUCUGUCCAUCUUGUACUGACACUGAUCCAGCCAGUCAAAUUGUACGAAAGAGCUGAGAAGCACAAAACAUGGCUGUGGCCGGAUGUCCGGAUUAUUUCCUGCAUCAUCCAAAUUAUCAGCAGGACAAUAUAGACCGGUCCUCCAAUCACAGACAAGCUGACCUCAUUGGGCCAAGCUUCCAGCAAUCAGCCAAUCGAAGUUCUCCUAACCAUCAAGAAGAUGAUGUUGAUCUCGAGGCCCUGGUGAAUGAUAUGAACUCUUCGCUGGAGAGCCUGUACUCCACCUGCAGUGGUCAGCAGACAGAGUCCACCCCACUACUGCACAACGGACAGACCUCUUCCUCACACCAACACCACCACCACCAUCAUCAUCAUCAUCACACACAACUUAACCACCCACGGCAGGGUCAGCACUCACAAGCGCUAAGCCACGUCUCCCCGGAGCCGCCCUCCUCCUCCUCCUUGUCUGCGGACUCACCCCAAACUAGCCUCCGACGGUCACAACCUAUGCACAUCCUCGCUGUCAGGAGGUUGCAGGAGGAGGAGCAGCAGCUGAGAACAUCAUCUCUCCCGGCCAUCCCCAACCCCUUCCCCGAACUGUGCAGUCCAGCAAGCUCACCUGUCCUCAGUCCUGGAUCCCUACCUCCUGGAGAACCCUCCACUGGCAAUUAUAUUGUGAAGAUCUUCAGUGAAGACGGCAUGGGUAAAGUGGUGGAGAUCCCAGCCGACAUGACAGCCAGGGACCUGUGCCAGCUCCUGGUUUAUAAAAGCCAUUGUGUGGAUGACAAUAGUUGGGCACUUGUUGAACACCACCCGCUGCUAGGGCUAGAGCGCUGUCUAGAAGACCAUGAGCUGGUGGUUCAGGUCCAGGCCUCUAUGAACAGCGACAGUAGAUUCCUCUUCAGGAAGAACUAUGCCAAAUAUGAAUUCUUCAGAAACCCCUUGACGUUUUUCCCGGAGCACAUGGUUGCGUGGUGUCAGGAAACCAAUCGUACGAUUCCACCAUCUCAGCUCCUUCAGAACUUCCUAGCAACCAGCAGCUGUCCAGAGAUCCAGGGGUAUCUGUACGUGAAGGAGGUGGGUAGGAAGUCGUGGAAGAAGGUUUACAUGUUUCUGCGGCGCUCGGGACUCUACUGUUCCACAAAGGGAACUUCAAAGGAGCCCAGACAUCUACAGUUACUAGCAGACCUAGAAGACAGCAACAUCUUCACUGUCAUCACAGGCAAAAAGCAGCACGGUGCACCCACAGACUACGGCUUCUGUAUCAAGCCCAACAAAGGUCGAGGGGAGCUGAAGGAGUUGAGGAUGCUGUGUGCCGAGGACGAACAGGGCAGAACCUGUUGGAUGACUGCCUUCCGACUCUUUAAGUAUGGGAUUGUAUUGUACCAGAAUUACAAGAUUCCUCAACAAAGAAAAACCUUAAUUUCACACUUCUCAGCACCUGUGCGGAGUGUAUCAGAGAACUCCCUUGUGGCAAUGGAUUUCUCAGGGAGGAUAGGCAGGGUGAUUGACAACCCUGUGGAAGCUCAGAGUGCUGCCAUGGAGGAGGGACAUGCGUGGAGGAAGAGGAGUCAACGAAUGAACAUAUUAGGCUCCCACAGUCCACUACACCACUCCUCACUAAGCUCAGUUAUCCACAUAGCUCAGCUGUGGUUCCAUGGCAGGAUAUCUAGAGAAGAAUCCCAUCGUAUUAUCCAUCAGCAGGGACAAGUAGAUGGGUUGUUUCUGCUGAGAGUCAGUCAGAGUAAUCCCAAGGCAUUUGUGCUCACAUUGUGCCAUCACCAGAAAAUCAAACAUUUCCAGAUAUUACCGUGUGAAGAGGACGGCCAAGUCUUCUUCAGCCUUGACGACGGCGCCACCAAAUUCACCGACCUGAUUCAGCUGGUGGAGUUCUACCAGCUCAACAGAGGAGUGCUGCCUUGUAAACUCAAACAUCCUUGCACUGUCGUGGCCUUAUGACAUCUCCAGAUCAUCUGACCCCAUGAACCCUAUCACUUGACCUGACUCUGCCUAAAACAAACGAAACACAAAGAAUCUUUCUGUUGGGUGGUUCUUUUGUUUUUAUCUUUAUAAGAAGCUGGUGAAUUGACUGAUGUUUCAUUGUUGUUGUUUUGUAUUGUCGUGUGUCCGCCAGAGACUGCUGACCCAUUGGAUUUCUUUUAGUUUGCAUGGAUGUUCGAGGAGUCAGAUGUACAACAUUCUCAGAAGGUUCCUCAGUCAAGAAAAGAGAACAUAUAGGAAAUGAACACUGCCAUUUGUGUCAGUGCUGUUGCGAAAUCUUCCACAAUCUUGCUUUCCACAGUCAUCAAUAAGCUUGGACCCAAAAUCCUUCAAGGUUUAGUCUCACAGUGCAAGUGUAGACUGUAUUUCCCUACAACUGGACAAUCAGCAGGACAAUUCGAGCUUUCGUUUGGACCACUCUGCUCUCUGAGAACAAACAGUAGUCUGACUCAAACUUUUCAUCACACGUCCUCAAAGAAUAUACGUUAGAUGGAGAGUUGAUCGUUUUGCACUCAUGGAACUGGGAGUGGCCUUUGACGGUGCAUGACCUCUCCGCUUUUGCAUUACUUAACUGUGAGAUGGUGCCACCGCCCCCUAGUGUCAUAGGCAUGCAAGGACAUGUCCAAAUUCAACAUGGAUGAGAUUUGGAGGCGCCAGAAAGAGUGUUGCUGUUGAAUCCUUUUGACGUUCAGAGACAUCAGAAGUUUGUCAACCCUGGAGUAAAAGGCUAAGGAAAAAUCUGGAACUAUUGGAACAAAGUAUUUUUUUUUAAAUAGUGGACAAUACAAAGUCUGCUUUGUUCACCCUCUCAGAAAUUAAUUUCCUCAUCCUUGACAACAUAGGGUUUCUUUUCUUAUUGAUUCAUUCAUUGCAGAUCUGUAUUGUUAACAAUAUUCACUUUAAUAAUUUUGUUUAAAGUUCUUUUUUUUCUCAUUCUGGAUAUUUAUAACUCAUUAUUUACCUAAGCUACAAUAGGGUCAUUCUGUACUCAUUAUUCUAUUGCACGCUCUACUUCCCGAAAGUAUUUCCCAGAAAACGUCCACAUAAACAAAUAAGCAUGAAUCAAACCAUGGUGUCAUUCAGGGUAAAAUCACAAGUACUAAAGCUAAAGCAGUUGUAACCAGGUAGACAGUUUUGCAAGUGCAGCCGUAUGCAGUAGUUUUAUCAAUUUUUCCUUCGCUGCAGGCAAAUACCUACAUAAAGCUACCUGUUGCACAAGAUAAAGUGGGACAAUGGGGAGCAUCAGUUUUAUGUCUGAAUGUCCUCACCACAGCACAGGGAAGGAUAACCACUAGCAUUUCCUUCAGGAGUUUUACCUAUGUAACUGUCAGCAAAUCAAAGGAAACACAAUCUGUAUUACUCUUUGCCAAACAAACCUACGUCAGCCCGGAGAUACAGUGGAUCCCGUGGGCAACAUCUGUCCUGGUUGCUGACCCUCUUUUCAUAUGUGUUCCAGCAAUCAUCCGCUACCUGCUGGUAGUCAGUAAGAUGGUGUCAAACAUAAAUGUGGCUAGUAACAUGGUUUAGUGUGCUCUGACUCCACACUGAUAGUAGACUCUGUGCAUUACAUUCCGCAUAAUGCAGCCUUUCUCUGCCUGUGAACAGACAGUAUCACAAACACACCUACUGCCUACUGCACACCACCUGUUUGUGAAUUCAGACAGACUAUCAACAAAAAGUUAGCUGCUGCUACAGUGUGUGUAAAUGUAUAAGGAGAGACGUUUGUCACAUAUCAGACUGUUGAAAACAGAUGAUGAUAACUGCCUCUCAUUGUCCUUCUCUUUUUUCUCUCUGCCCGUCUCACCCAGUCUUAUUACACCUUCUUUAACCUACUGUUGGAUAAACUGAAAAUGCUGAGCAGUGGGGAAGGACUCAGUGUCCUGAGUUUUAGGACUCAAGUGUUCAGACUGCAAAAAUCCUACAGGGCCCGCUUCAUUUGAGUUUACUUUUACUUGUCCCUAGUACAUGCUAUGUUUUUGAAUGACAAUAAUGAGAGCAUGAGUCUGAGAACAAAGAACAUACAGCUCUUACUGAGUUAGUUUGUCCCAGACGGUAUCAUUUCAGCCAAAAUCGAUUGUUUUCCUAAUGCCAGCCAAGGUCAGUCUAACCCCCAGAAAUAUAUUUUAAUGGAUUACCCUUUGUGUUUCAGCCAAGAGGAGCUCCUGCAAUUAAAGAAAGAUUUCAGACAGUUAUAUUUUUUUUUGUUUUGUUUUGUGUUUUUUUAUUGCACUGAUUGACCAUGACCUGGCAGAAUGGAACUAAAUGGAUAACACAUAAAGGGCAAAACCCAGCCAUCUCAAAUUCUGGAAGAGACACAAGUAAAUGCUCAAAUUUCUUGUUUAUAUUUCUGUUGAUAUUUAAACUAAGUCUGGUUUGACACUAAACACAUGGCACUCCAAGUAAGUUAGGUUCAGAAUCACCCUCUUUGAAAUGUUUCACCACAAACAUUUCUUUUUUCAAUUGCUGUUUUUUUUUUGAACACUCACUUGAAAGUUUAUACUAGUCCAUGUUUUGUUGGUGGUAGCUAUGUUUAGGCCACCAGCCAGCAGAUUAUUAGAAAACUACUUGUAUUUACCAACAUUGACAGCCAUCUUUUAUUUACCUGCAGAUUGUUCUAAGGUAUAUUGAAUAUCUGAGAUGCAGAAUAGCCGCACUAUAUUGACACUCUGCGUGGUCACCAUCGAAGAUGCAAUGACUCAAUCAUUUUUUUUAAGUAUUGUUGCAGCAAAAUGUAUUUAUUUAUCUGGAUGUGACUGAUUACUUGAAAAUUUUAGAUUUCUUUUUCUCAGCGCUGUUCUGUACUGUUUUCUUUUGUCAUUACCAUGAAAUGAUUUACCAGUGUGUUUUAUUAUUAUUAUUAUUAUUAUUAUUAUUAUUGUAAUGACAUAGCAUCUAUUGAGUUUUUUUCUUUUCUUUUUUGUAUUUUAGUUUUGAUCAUUCAAAAAUAAUUUUGUCAUCAUCAACACUUGUUAUGAAGUGAUGUUUUAAAGCACACUGGUAUCCAUAGUGUUAACAUUGUCAUUCCAAUAGAUGACAGGUGGAAUGUUGUGAAAUUGAAAACAAAAAAAAAACAAAAAGAAAAAAAAAACAACAAUGUGAGUUUCCCAAAGCAUUAGUCACUGAGAUGUUUUUCAUACCAUUUUUUCCCCUCCCCGAUCUACAAAAAUAUCUUCUGUUAAGAACUCCAUCUGUUUUUAUGUUAAAAAGCCUCAAGUUUUCUUAUCAUCACUAUCUCGUGGUGACCUAAAGUAGAAAAAGUAGAUCUGAAUUAAAGUAAUAAAGCCACAAAUGUUUUGGGAAACUGGGUCAUGUAAGCCUCAACAUCCUCAUAAUUCAUUGUUUAAAUUGAAUUGUAGAAAUUUAGAUGUAGAAAAAAAAAACUUUACAUUCAAGUUAAACUUUUUCAAUGAAGAUCUUUAAAUGCUUAGAGUAGAUAUAAUUGAAGAAAUGCAUAAAACAAUCCCCCCAUACACAUAGUAAGCCAUUGUCACAAUUUCCUCUGUGUUAUUUAUACCCUUAAAACUGCAAUGAACAGGGAACUAACCAAACCAUAACCAAACCAUAGCAGAGCAACGUUGUUAGAUGGGUUAAAGCAUUGACCUCAGAAUGAAGAAACUUAAAUUAGUAGGUAGAUUUUAUGAAUCUUUGCAUGAAUGUGGAUGUUGAGUUUAUUGUGUAGGGAUUCUGUCAAAUCUGAUAUCUGAAAUGUUGAUAUUUGGAAGAAUCUGGAUCAUAACCAUACAUAAAUUCUUUUGUAGUUGCUGAAAAUCAUCUUAAGCUGUUAAGACCUUACUGAAAUGUUGAUGCUAGCAAUUUCUAAGUACUAAUCUAAGUCCCCCUGAGAUUCAGAUUCAGUCUACCCACUCUCAUUCUCAAAUUCCCAAUAUUAGGUUUUUGUUUUUCUGACUGAUGUGGUAGCAGAUGUUAAUGUGAGGGACAGGUCAGGUAGCGUUGUAAGGUGAAGUUUGUAUUUGCGUGAAAAGUGUCACAGGAUCUUACUUGUUCUGAAAGCAAAAGGCAGAAAGCUGAAUUCAAUUAGCGAACAUGUGGUUAAAUAAAUCAGGGGAUUUGGAUAUCCACAUUUUUACACUUAACGGAGAUGAAUGUAACUGGGUUGCUCAGGGCUGACUUGGAGCAUGUUAAAAACUACUGGUCCAUCAGAUCUCUAGGACUUUUGUGCACAGGACGAUGAUGACUCCUGAAAAUUUUAGUUUCAUUAAGCUGGAAGUUGUUAACUUUCCUCCUUUAUGUGCACCAUCCAUCUGCUAGUUGUGAUUACUUGAAAAUAUGAUUGCAGCAAAAUUGAGUAGAUCCAGUACUAUUUAAAUAGUACAUUUAGUUUAACAGUGUUUUUAAUACAGUUGUUUAAGCUGUUCUUAAAAAAAAAGCCUAAUCUUCUUGCCUGGCUACCUGAGCUGAUUUAAAGCCCCAUCAACACUAUGUUACCUAUUCAGCCUCAGUUAUCACACUGGGCUGAACAGAAACUGGGCAAUUCAUAAAACACCCUCAAUUUUCAUGCCAUCAAUUUGAGUAAUUUAGAAGAAAAUAUAAUCUAAUAUGAUUCAUUUUAUUAUAUUAUGCUGCAUCUUAUCUAGAUGAUCAAGUAAACACUCAAAGCAUAUA